AUGAAUUUAUACUUUAGUUCAGUGGCAAGUCAACCACCUCCAGGACAUUCAUUAAUGUCUAAAGCCAAUACAAAUGUAAAGUACUCUGGACAGUCGAAUAAUGUGAUGUAUUCAUCUAAACCACACGUAACAUUAUCAAAUGCAUUGGAUUUACUUACUGGGAACAGCGGUAGCUGUAAUAAUAAUACAAGUAGCGGUACUGGUAGUGGACAUAAUCAAACUAAGAAAUCAGAGGAGACCACACCAGUCAAUAUUACUUUAAGGCGUGCAUCAGUAGAUUCCCCGUGGGGUUUUCGUGUUCAAGGUGGAAGUGAUUAUCAUUUACAGCUGACAAUAUGUAAGACACAAAGUGGUAGUCCAUCUGAAGGUGUUUUACACAGUGGAGAUGCAAUUUUAUCAAUAAAUGGUGAAAGUGCACGUAGUUUAAGUCACGAGGAAGCGACACAGAAAAUUCGUUCUGCAGGUACUGAUCUCCAGUUAACUGUGGCAAGAAGACAAACAUGCGAUCUAAGUGAUAUUCGACCUAAAGGACAACUGAAAUUUACAGCACCUCAGAAUAAUCGACGCUAA